UAUAUAAACACCUUACUGUGGCAGCUUCUUCAGACAGUUCUAUGUCCUGUGUUAGAAGUUGUGUUUACAAAAUGUUAAAGAAGUUCCUCUGCCUGUUUGUGCUGAUUAGUGUAAUCGCCUUCAUAAGCGAAUUGCCAAGCGCCGAGUGCUCCCCUGACGAUAGCACUGCUCUAGGCGAAGCUGCAACAAAACCAUUAGCAGCAGCUGAAGAUGGAGAUUCAACAGAUGCUAUUGGAGCUUCAACAGAUGCUAAUGGAGAUUCAACAAAUGCUGAUGGGGAUUCAAUAGAUUUAGACACUAUAAUAUCAAUAUUGGCUCACCUGUUGCUUACCCUUUUGGGCGAAGGGAACAGGAAUUAAAGUUUUGAAAAGACAAUUGUAAAUCAAAACAUCUACUUUAAAUGUUAAUAUAAAAUGCAUACCAGCAGAA